CAAAAACUUAGGCUUCAAGAAAAUCAAAAUCACAAAGAUCAAUUCAACAAAACCUCUUUCUGCUCUCUCUCUCUUUUUCAUCCCAUAUGUUGCUUCCUUGAUUUUAUCUCUUCCGAAAGAAUGAAUGGGAAGUAACAUCUGAGGAUCCAUUGAUUACCAGACAUAAACAUAUAUUCAAAGAAAAACCAUUUAUCUGUGUGUGUUUGUCUUAAUGAUGAAAUAGCAGAUUGAGAGCAAGAAAGAGGUAUAUAGGUUAUAACCGCAAUAUGGAGAUACAGAGGAUGAGGCAGUUAAUGUCCCUUUGGUCAAAUUUGAAGAGUAGCCGCGUUUCUCUUACCGGUGGGAAUCAUACUGCCGCUAGGUUCUGCACUCGCUAGUCUCGCCUUUCUCUCGCCCGCUCUUCUCUUUUUUUACCCCUUUUCUCUUCUUUUCUACUUCCUUUUUGAUUCAAUAUUAAUUUAGCUUUCUCUUCUCUUCUCUCUUUCCUCUUCUUUAACUAUCAACUACACUUUUUCGCACGCUCUCUUUGUCUCAGCUUUUAAGACGUAACAAAAGCAAAAUAUGGUGUUUGUUACUGUCCAAGACUUUCACUCCAUGUGCCAAAAGCAUUUUCACUACCUCUUGAAAAAGAGAUACCGUUCGAGCUCAUCUUUAGGCUCUGCGGAAUCUUUCCUCAAGGCUUCUCGUUCUGAUGUCUUGAGUCUCUUUAUGAGAUCAACGCUUUUGGCUUUGUUGUUUCUGUCAUUUACUUGGUUAAGUCUGCUGAAGUAUGGAACCAAUGCAACCACUCCAGCUAACUCGUCGCUUGAGUCCGACCAACAUGAGCUAUUGCCUUUGCUACUGAAUGAUUUAGAGAAGGAAGGUCUCUUUAGGGUUGGAGAUAAAGCACUCGUUCUUAAUGAUGAGGUCACUGUUUCUUCAUACUCUCAAACAGUGAUCGAAACUGAGAUGCUUCUUGUAUCUGCAAAUGAUGAGGAGACGCAGAGCAUGGUCCCAAACGAGACCUUUGACCUUGCCUUUGCACAUUCUCGUCAUAUUGACUCUGCUGAAUUUCUAGACCGGGCUCUCAAAGUUGGUGGCAUCCUCACCGUCCAACUGAACCUUCAAGAUCUUCCUCCAAAUUUCUUGAAACAUCUGAACUACGAAAUAGUCUACAUGAAAAGCUCCCAGUACACGGUAAUGGCGAUGAGGAAAACAAGGGAAACAGAGAAAAAACAGAGCUUAGUUGCCACCGGGAGAAAGCUACUUGGUAUUACUGAAGAAGAGGCCAAGAAAAAAGCUUUGAGCAAGCUAGAGGAUGUUCUCCUUGAACCACCAAGAGCAGCUUCAAGGAAAUCAAGAACGUACUUGAAACGGACACGGUACCUCCCGGACCUUAUGGGAGACACUUUGGACCUUGCGAGCUACACGAGGCGUGUAUUCAUCGAUGUGAGUAACGGAAAAGGAAGCAGCGGAACUGAAUGGUUAGUUAAAAAUUACCCAACGAGGAAUCAGAAGUUUGAGAUGUACAAGAUUGAGACGGUGAACGAUGAGAUGAGCCUAGAAUCUGAGAAUAUGGGGAUGACGGAGUGGCUCAAAGAGAAUGUCAAGGAGGAAGAAUACGUUGUGAUGAAGGCAGAGGCCGAAGUGGUGGAGGAGAUGAUGAGGAGCAAGUCGAUAAAAAUGGUGGAUGAGCUUUUCUUGGAGUGUAAGCCAAAGGGUUUAGGCCUAAGGAAGAUGCAGAGUAAGAAUGGGAGGGCUUAUUGGGAGUGUUUGGCUCUGUAUGGCAAACUUAGAGAUGAAGGUGUUGCUGUGCAUCAAUGGUGGGGUUGAAGUUAAAGAACAUGGAGACAGAACUGAGAGAGAAUAUCCAUCAAACUAGUCUCUUAUUAUACUAUGUUUACGUUUUGUUGUUUUUUCUCUAUGUUGACUCUUUAAUUUUUUUAGUUGUGUCUCAUCUUGUGAUCAUCAAUAUGUUGUUGUGAUUGAAGUAUUUUGUGGUGUUGUAAGUUUGGGAUCUAA